CACAUGUAAACGCAUUUAAUUCAAAAAAUUCCUCAAAUAAACCUCAAAAAAACACACAAAAAAAACCAAAAUUAAAUUUUUUAAAUGAAAUUCCAAUAAGUAGAAUAAAAAAUUAUGCACAAACCAUGACUGAUACAACAAAGAAAACAAUCCUAAACAAUGAGCAAUAUAGUACAAUUGUAGAAUAUAUUCAAAAUUAUCGAGGACUCGCCAUCGAUUGUGAAUUGGAUUUGGAACAAAGAUUCCCCGAUAUCCAUCGACAAACUCUCAAAAGUAUUGUCGUCACCGAAAUGGGUUUAAGGACAAAAAUUAAUUUUAGUAAUUAUCAAGCUAAUGCUGAAAGAUUUCUUAGAAUAUUUGAACAAAAAUCAUCACGUAGCUUCGAUAACAACAUACUUGUUGAUAUGGCUAGUUCCGAACGAAUGUCUCCGGUAAUUCUGAGUCGGGUAAUUCUGCAGGAAAAGUAUAAAGACUUGCAAAAGAGUGACAUAGCUGAAUUAAUGAAGAAACCGCAUUUGAUUGAGGAUGAAAAAUUGGCGGGAAAUGUUAGACAAUGUACUUUGAGUGAUAAUCAAGAGGGACCUGUUGUUGAUAUUAGAAGAAGGUGUCUCGGCGAAGAAUAUGAAGUAAAGCUAAAGAAAAUGGCCACAGAUGCGAAAAUGGCAUACUUUGAUGAGAAUGACCUCCGACGAACGGGGUUCGAUAAAACCCCCGACCUUAAACUAGUGCUUCCUUGCCUAUACAAAGGCUGUGUUGUGAAUUGGAUAGAAAGCAAAGCGCUUUUUGGCGAUGCCAAAACCCAUCGAAGGUACCUGUACUCACAACUAAGUAGUUAUAGCAACAGAUUUGGUCCUGGAAUAGUUAUUUAUUGGUUUGGUUACCAUGAAGAAAUUGUUCAUUUAAAAGAAAACGGUGCCGGAUUGAUAAUACUUGCAGAUUUUCCUAGUCUUGAACAUUUGGAGUUCUUAAAUACGUGAUAUAAGAAUAUAAGUUGUUAGUUAAAUUAAAGAAAAAAAAAUAGUAUGCUUUUGAAAAUCAAUUACAUAUUUCUCUAUUUGUUUUAACAGAAUAUUUCAAGAAUUUUUUCAAAUUUUCAAGAAUUCAAGAAUAUUUUAAAAUAAUUUUCCAGAUCAUUUCCAGAAAUACAAGAGUUCCUGAUUGACCCAGAGAUUUCAUCGCAUGAAAUAUCAAUCAGGAACAUCAUUUAUAAAAUAUGGUGCAAUACAUCAGACUACAGCUCAUUAGUGUUGAAUUUUAUUUAAAAAAUCCAAGCAACAUGUGGUAAAAAAAUGCAUAUGAAACUGGCAGUGCUUUCUCUCAUUCUAAUCAUUUUAAUGGGAUUAAUCAAAUGCAAAAAACCAAAACCACUGGAAGUUAAGUUUCUUCAUGUAUAUUUUACUUGUAAUCCUCAAUUUUUAAACAAUUGUACCACUGGAUUGAGAUCAGAUGGUCGAUCGUUUGACUCCAAGUUUAAUUCAUUAAAAACUAUUACUAAAGACCUUCAUAUUAAAUUGCUCUAUUUUGGAAGAAGUAAACAAGAAACCAGCUACAAAAUAAUAUUCACUACUGAAUUCGAAAUGUGUAGACUUAUGGAUGGAUUCAUGAGCCAAACUCUAGCCAGACCGUUUAUGCAAAAUAUUAAAAAAUAUAGCAACCUUCCUACAGGUUGUCCAAUUCCAGCAGAUAACUAUUAUAUCAACAAUUUUAGAGUUGAUAGAAAAAGUGUUCCUAGUUUUUCAGUUUUUAAUGGCUUUUAUAUGACUCAAACAAUUGGGGUCAUUAAAACCGGGUCACAAAGUACUUUCGUUUUCAAUGGAACUGUGGAGGGAGAAGUUAAUUUUUAAGCCUCCGGAAUAAAAUUUGACACACGAAUAAAAUUUGUAUGUAUGCUAACAGUUUUUAUUUUAACUAAAAUCUCAAAUAUAUACAAAUAUUUUUA